GGGCGGGCCGUCUGAGCCGGGGAAGGGCGUUCUCUCUGCGGUCAGGCCGGGCAGAGUCAUCCCGAGGGGUGGAUCCUCCGGCGGCAGAAAAGGAAAGCCCACCUUUUUUCAUUGUUAAGGACGCGGUGGAAUGUGAUGGUUUGAUCUCAAACGGACCAGGGAGGGGAAGAACCAGCGCGAAGGAGCGGGACUGAGGCAGAAUAAACAGCCCCCUCCUCUUCCUUCGGUCCAGCCUGGGAAAUAUGUGGAGCAACUUGUCCCGGUUCGUGUCGGCUGCCGUCCGCCUGAACUUUGUGGAUUAAUCCGAGGUUCUUUUGUGACCCGGCGGGGGAGCCGUUCAGGAUGGAGAGGUUCUGGACGGGAGUGUAGCGUCUUGAAGAUGAAUCGUUAAAAUGACAAAUUUGUCUGCUGAACACCAUUUAAAGGCAAUUUUGGAGACCUAAACAACCGCAACAAGUCAGGCUGACAAGAGGACCAGGAGAGCGCUUUGAGGUCCUGCUAUCACUGCCACACAGAUGUGGAAGUCCCAAAACGCUGCUAUCAAAUAACCCAGACGUCGAAAACAGAGAUAAAAGAAUUGGUUCUGAAGUUAGCAGCCAUGUCGGAUCAUAAAGACAUGACGCACCGCCACUUACGGCACAAGCUGCAGAGUCUGGGCAGGAGGCUGGACGAGCUGGAAGAAGCGACCAACAAGCUGCAGAAGUCGGAGGAUGAGCUGCUUGACCUGCAGGACAAGAUCAUCCAAGCCGAAGGCAGCAACUCAUCCCUGCUGGGUGACGUGGAGGCGCUACGGAAACGUCUGCUGAAGAUCCAGGGCAAGGAUGAGGAGGUACGCAAAGCCGAGGACCUCUGCCGCACAGUCCGCGAGAAACUGGAAGAGGAGGAAAACCUCACCAAGGAGCUAAAGGGCGAGAUCGAGCGUCUUCAGCGGAGGAUGGCUGAACUGGAGAAACUAGAGGAAGCUUUUGGUAAAAGCAAGUCUGACUGCAGCCAACUGUGCCUGAGUCUCAACGAGGAGAAGAACCUGACCAAGAAGCUCUCCUCGGAGUUGGAGACGCUCAGAGCACGCUUGAAGGAAGUCGAAAGUUCCGAGACAAAGCUGGACAAGGCGGAGCAGGCGCUGGCGAAAGAGCUGGAGAAGCUCAAGGCCUUCACUCAGGCGUUUGUCAGCGAGCGGAAGAAGCUGCUGGAUAAGCAAAGAGAGGAUGAGAAGAUCAUUCAGAAGCUUUCAGAGGAAAGAAAAAGUCCGGAUCGUUCAGACUUCAUGAGCUCAAGAAUUGAGGACGAACUUUCUUCCACCGCGCUCUUCACAAGUAAACUGGGAGGCAAGAAGAACCUUGACUACCUGAAGCUAGCAGAUGAGAAGCUAGGCAUCGUCAACAAGUCUGAGAUUAAGAAGGGCUCGCAAGAGGAAGACAACAAAGUAAAGGAGCUGACUCAGGAAGUGGAGAAGCUGAAGAACCGCCUCAAGCAGAUGGAGGUAGUUGAGGAGGAUCUCAAGAACUCCCAGUUCAAGAACGGAGAGCUUCACGAGAAGUUUCAGGUGGAGCAAAGACGAUCUCGCCAACUGAGCGAACAGGUGGAGCAGCUCCAGAUGCAGCUGUGUGCAAAAGCUGGGAUUGGGGGAAAAGGAAUCGGGAAUGUCGAAAAACACGGCAAUGGAAACCCCGCGAAGAUCCUGGAGAAUGGCAAAGCUGAGAACGAGGAGGUGGCAUCGAUGAGCUUCAGGCAAGAGAAGCCCAAAUUUAAAAGUUCUGCAGCGUUUCCAGAGCCAGCCUCUCCAAAGCACCGGAUCCGGGAGCUUUCUCCUCAGCACAGGAGAGAAACCAUGCUGAGGAGCAAAGGCGAGAGUUCCCCAAAGAUGACGAGGCGACCUCUGAGUCCUGCUCUGAGGAACAGACGGACUCCCAAAACCACCACUGCUACCGUUUCUUCAGACAACGGAGUCACGUCUCGAUUCCCUGAGGAACGCCCUAAAGGAGCCUCGCAUACCUCUGAAGUUAAGAAGGCGUCCGUCCUGAGCCGCUACCCUCCAGCUGCUAAUGAACCGAAGCCUCAGAGGACGCCGUUCAAGCAGACGGAUGCGGAGGCGAAGAACAGAGAGAGGUUCUCUAAAGUGUACGGAGGCAGUGACACGGAGUCGAACAACUCCGACGCUGUGCCAGAGAGCGUUAGUGUGAACGUGUCUGCAGCGGAGAAGGAGGCGGUUUCCUCCUGUGAUCAGGAACCAACAGACACCAUUCAAGAGUCUUUGGUGUCCACAGCCAACGGGCCGUACACGGCCUACAGAUCUCACGUCAGUCCGCUGCUGCCCAACGACCUCGGCUCAGACAGCCAUUCAUCUGCAUCUGAGACUGAAUCCACCGGCUCAAAACCCUCAGAAGUGGAACCUGUAGCUGAGACGAUUAGCGCGUCGGUGAGCAGCAGGACGGCCAGCUCCGGGUACAACAGAUACCCUCACGUCCACGACUCGCACUCGGAGGGCUCUUCCUCCAGGAGCUCCUUCGACGAGGAGUUGCUCAGCAGGGCGCAGCCAGCCGACGGAGGAGGCCGCCACACUCCCGUCCAGACGCCGUCUUCCAUCGAGAUCCAGAGAGUGUGCAGCCCCCGGGAGGCGCUGAGGUCAAAGGCCGUCAUCAAGCCCGCGAUUGUUGAGAUCGACAGGAAGGAAGUCAUGAUUUCAGAGUCCUUGUCAACAAAUGGCAAACCCAAGAUCUCCACCAAGCCGAUUGUGACCAGCAGCAGCAAAAUGACCAGCAGCAUCACCAUCUACCCCAGUGACCCCAGUUCCUCCAGAACCAGCAGCCGCAGCAGCAGCUUAUCCAGCGAGCCGACGCUGGUGAAGGAGCGCCACACGUCGACCAGCAACUUCGUCAUAGGACCCAGCAGCGACCACCGCGGCAGCAUUUCCGUCCCGUAUGAGAUUUCCAUCCCUAAGAGUGAAAUCGCUCUGCGGCCGUGCCAAGACCAGGACUGUGGCGACGACGAGCGGAGCGAUGUGCCAACGAGGUCCAAACUCCACAGCGCCUCCAGGCUGGAGACCUCCAGCAGCUACGUGAGCCAGCAGCGCAGCGGCGGCGGCCGGCGCCGGUCCUCAGACUUCAACGACACCGAGUCGGGCUUCGAGAGCGGCAGUAGCACGGCGACGGUGACCAGCUGGAGAAGCCAGAAUCAAACCGAGCUCUCCGCAGACGACGCAUCAUCAGACACGAAGAACGUGACCAUGAGGAGCACCUGGAGAAACAAGGCGAGCAAGGCGCUGAUGGACGUUGGGUCCAAAGACGAAGCAGAGACGGCGACAACAUGGAGGGCAUACCGGGCGACCACCUUUGACUCGGACGAAGCUGUGAACAACGCAGCGCCACUGAAAGGAAUUAAACCAGCAGAGGUGUACAUGCGGCGGUACAACAGCGUGACGAGCGCUAAGGAAGUGGAGGAACCGACGCUGCGCCGAGACCGGAGGUCCGAGUCUCCGGUUACGGAAGCAGGAAUUCUGGGAAGGACCAUUCCCCACGCACCAGUGACCUCCCAGUCCUGGAGCCGGUCGUAUUCCCAGGCACCACUGGCUAAAGACGCCCCGGACCCGGCUCCGAACCCGUGCUGCAGCCCGGCCUCUUGGAGGCGCCACCCGCCACCCGGCGCCUCCUACGACCGGCUGGCCAAGGCGGGUGGCGCCUCGACCCGAGGAGGGGAACCGUGGCCCAGUCGAGGCCCGGCGACCCGGACGGAUGGGAGAACCGGAGCAGGAAGCAGAACCUGGAGCCACUGUCAGUCGGAGGAUCGCUAGGCUGGAAGCAGCUCUCCGUUCAGCUCUGAGCCAGUUUUCCAGCAGCGAUGCGAUCCAGUCACCUGCGCCAAGUGAACUAAAGAAAACAUCUGUUAGAGCAGCUGAGGCUCUGCUCCCCCCACCCCCCUCUGGAUCAGCCUCUGCUUCCUCUUCUACUUCCUGUUGGAUGUGUUAUGAUGUCAUAAUGUUUCCCCCUCUUCCUCCCACACUCUGCGCCGGAUUGUCCUGCAGAACCAAACCAUCUCCCUCCCCUGUGACCAAAAGCAGGAAAUGAAUUAAUCCUGUUACUCCAUCAGCCCCAACUCCUCUUCUUCUUCUUCUUCUUCUCAUGCAUAAAAACAACCUGGAGAGCGGCGAAGAUUCCAGCAGCGCCGCAUAAUGGCUGCUGGCUGCAUGGCUGUAAGCAGAAAAAGAAAAGCACUUGAAGGCUGCAACUCGGCAUGCGACUCGGCAUGUGCGCUGCUUAAAGGAACAGUCGGUAAAAUUGGGAUCAUUUUAUUGUUUUUUUUGGUUUAUUUUUGUGUGAUGCGCUUCCUGUUCCUUCUCGGGGUCAGGUGGGGAAAAACUCGCUGAAACGCGGUGAACAUGUGGAGGGAUGUUCUGCAUGUUCCAACCGAACACCGGUUCUGGAUUCAGACGGAAAUAAUCCGAUUUAUUAAACGAAGCGACACGUGUUCUCCAUGAAAUGAAACGCUGCAGCCCGAUUGGUCCAGUUGAGAGGCCAGCCCGUUUCCACGACGACACUUUACGCUUUCUGUACCGAUCAUCCCGACUCAAACGUACCUGAAUCAAACUGUCAGGAUUCACAUUUCCACACUGAAACAUCUUAGUGCCAUUAAAAUAAGACAAAAUUAACUGACAAGUAACUUCUGAGCAUGAAAUCUGUUUUUAUUUGAAUUAAAUAAUUCCUUAAUAUUUAUGAAAAUGUUCUAGUUCCACUGGCAGAUUGUUUUAUAAAUAAGAAGACAUUAAGUGAAAUAAUCUGCCUGUGAAACUGGAUGGUCGCAUGAAUAUUAAUAUUAUUUAAUUAAAAUAAAAACAUUUUUGUUGAGGAGAAGUUACUUGUAAGUUAAUUUUAUCUUAUUUUAAGUGUACUAAGGUAUUUGCACUAGGAAGUAGAAAAAAUACUUGGUAAGAUUUUGUUUGUUUUUUUUUUAGUGUAACUCUGUUGAAAGAAGGUCCUGCACUGCAAAAAGGCAAAAUCACACAAACUAUUUUAGUCGACUUUUUAGUGUAAAUAUUUUUGCUGCACUUGAAAUAAGAUGAAACUAACUUACAAGCAAUGUUUCAGCAAGAUGGUAAAGGCCUCUUUAAAGCAAGUAAUUCCUUAAUAUUGAUGAAAAAGUUCUGGAUUUAUUAGCAGAUCAUAAAUAUUUUCCUUGUUAUGAGUUCAUUUAUUUACCAAUGGAACUAGAACUUUUUCAUUUAUAUUCAGGAAUUAUUUACUUAAAAUAAGACAAUAUUUCUUUCUGAAAAGUUACUCUUAAGUUAAUGUUGUCUUAUUUCAAGUGUACUAAAAUAUUUGCAGUAGAAAUUAGACAAAAAUACCUGGUAAGAUUUUGUGUUUUUGCAGUGUAACUUGUGUUGCCAUGUUUUAUUUGUGGCCGAGAUGCUGACUUCACAGUCGAGCCAUUCUAACGUUACAUUUUUUUCCUGACAUCCAGUCUUUUUCUGGUCCCUCUGUGUAAAGCAGCUCCUGGCGUGGCUGAAAGGUCAGAGGUCAGGGUCUAAUCCUGUCUCUGUGUCUUGACUCAGGGCUUCUAAAAGCGAGAGGGAGACGUCGCCUCGGGUCGAUUUAAACAGGCGAGCAGAUCGAGUGUCUGGUGAUCGUGCAAAGUUCCUCAUCGUCUGUUUUGUCAUUUUCAUCUGAAUUUAUUUUAAAGGCUGUAUGUAAAUGUUUGAGCUUAUAGGUGCAUUUUGAACCUAAACUCAAACUUUUUCUAUUCUUAAAAUAACUUAUUACAAUUAUUUCAUUGAGCAUUUUGUUUUUCACUGCAAAAAUCCAAAAUCAAAAGUAUUUUUUUGUUUCUAGUGCAAAUUGAACUAAGACAAAACUAAAAAGUAACUUUUCAGGAAAAUAUAGGAGAUUUUAAAUAAAUAAUUCCUUAAUAUUUAUUUAAAAGUACUUAUUUCACACUUUUCAAGACAUUUUAUGUGAAAUAUUACUGUUUUAAAUCAAGAUUAAAGAAUUAUUUUCUUGCUGAAAGGUUUUUUGUAAGUUAGUUUUCUCUUAAUUCAAGUUUACUAAAAUAUUUGCAUCAGAAAUUAAAAAUAGGUGGUAAUAUUUUAGUGUUUUUAAGGCCCAGUCGGAUAAUUUCAAACCCAAAAUGAAUCAUUGUUUUCCUGCGGCUGGAUGUGAACUUCUGUUCCUUUGGAUCAGAACCCGGUUCUGGUCUCAUGGUGACAUUUUGCUGGGAUGUUUUGAAGCUCCAGUUUGGGAUUAAAUCCUCUGAAGCUGCUGUUGUUUCGUGCCGGUUGUCAGGAAAGCGAGUCGGAGGUUUUUGUGCGCUGUCGUCAGGACAUUUCGCUCCACUUUUCCGGAAGGAAUCCGACAGAAACUCAACGUAACGGUCAGAAAAACUUCCUGCUUUUCCAGAUGUGCUGUUUUUUUCUUUUACCAUUGCUAAAAAACAAACAAACAAACAAAAACAGGGAAAACUGCUGCAGAAUUACAGGAAUCCUUAUCAUUUGUUUCUUUUUUGUUUUAUUAAACUUUGUGCCAAAAUCAUUCCACAGUUUUUACGGUUUACAUUUACCAACCCUCCAUGCUGACGAAUAAUCUGUCUCCAAGAUGCUGGAUUAAAGGGGAGAUGCUCACUCCGAGGGGUUUUCUAUAUCCGGUUUUGUUUCUUUGUUAAACAAAAUGUUAUUUUUGAGUCUAUAUUGGAUAAAUUUUAUUUAAGGUGAAAUGUGUAAUUUUGUAAAGUGGGCCUUAUUGUUGAACUAUAUUAAGUAUUUGUCCAUCUUGAUUUUUUUUUUUUUAAUCUUCGUCGUUGCUCUUACACUCCUGGAGAGUCCGUUUUGUGUUCUGGUUGUUAAACAUGAGCGUUUUUCUCACAGGUUAGAGGAGAGAGGCUUUCUCUGUUUUUUGUUUUUUUAUUAUUAAAAAUGAAAGUUGUUGCGUUUUUAACCAGAUUAGAGCAGGUUGUUGAUGUUAAAGUCGGACCGUUUGGUUCUCCAGCCUCAGAUCUACUCUGCUUUCCCUCAGAAAUUCAGGGUUUUUACAUCUGACGAAAGCAUUCAGAUCCCUCCUCUCCUCACACAUAUAUAUGUAUAUAAAUGUAAAUUGCGAAAUAAUCUAACAAGAAAUGAGAAUUAAAGGAUGAUAUUUUUAACUGGAUCCCUCCUCUCUUCCUCUCAGUUUUAAACAAGACAAACUCUCUGAGUUAUUACUGGAUCUGAGUGGAGCCAGGUGGGCUGAAUGAGGAUGCUUUUUUAUUUUUUACGCCUCUCAGCUUUAGAUUUAAACAAUGUGCAUGUUUUAACCAUACCGCACUCUGCAUGUAGGCCUAUUUAAAGCUGCCAACUGUACAGCAGACCAUAUGUAUUCCAAUAAAAAUAAAAAACCGACCUGUUUCCAACA